UGCGAGAUACAAAGGGCAAAAAACAAGAAGCACACUAGUAAACAAAAAAAAUCAGAAAAAUGAAAGUAAUAAAUGUGGUUUUAAGGAAAUGACGCGUGCUCUCUUUUGAUUCCUUUAUAAGCUUCACCACCGUUUUUCUUUCCCGUCCUCUCUCAGCCCACCCUCUCUCCACUCCAACUAGAGAGAGAAGCGACACCUCACCAACUCCGCUCCGUUUCUCUCCAACGAAAUAUUUAAUUCCUUCAGUUUCAGUCCUUUCGUAAAUAGAUAGCUCCCGUUCAGGUGGUGGUUUAUAUGUAAAGAUUUGUUUUUUUGCCCUACUGAAAGGUACUAGUUUCAUAGACAAAGGACAAGAGGAAAGAAAGAGAAUUUUGAGAGCGCUUCGAUUCUUAGAAAUUUGAACCAAAAACAGAGAGAAUUUUUUUUUUCCUGUAUCUUAUUUGAAUAUCGGUGUUAGUACUAUAUUCGUAUUCAAAAGAGAAUCGAUCGAUAUCUCCAGGGAUGGCGUCAACUCUGAUCUCGAAUCAGCCCGUAACCAACCCAAACUCUGAUCGCUCAAAAAGGAAAAAGAAGAAGAAAUCGCAAGCACAAUCCAAGGAGAAUCAAAAUCAAGGCCAUGCUAAAUGGAAAACAGAAGCUCAGCAACAAUUUUAUUCCAAUAAACUCCUCCAAGCUUUGAGCCAAGUCCGGCUGAGUCCCUCUUCCCCUUCGGCUCCUCGUCAAGGUCGGGCCGUUAGAGAAGCCGCUGAUAGAGCCCUUGCUGUAGCUGCUAAGGGGAGAACAAGGUGGAGUCGUGCUAUUUUGACUAGCCGAAUCAAGCUCAAGUUCAGGAAGCAACACAAGAGGCAGAGAGUGGCAGAGACUACUGUUUCGGCGACUGGUACAGGGGGUAGCCGAUCGAAGAAGCCGAGAGUCAGUGUUUUGAGGUUGAAAGGGAAGAGUUUACCAGCUGUGCAAAGGAAAGUGCGUGUUCUAGGCAGGUUGGUUCCCGGUUGCCGGAAACAACCGUUGCCUGUUAUUCUAGAAGAAGCAACUGAUUAUAUAGCUGCUCUGGAGAUGCAAGUUCGAGUCAUGAACGCUGUUGCUGAACUGCUCUCUGGUUCAAGCUCUAGCUCUGGCUCUGGCGUCGCCGGUUCAAGUGCCGGGUCGACGAGCUGAUGGCACUCACAGCUGUUAGCCAGUUGUCAUUUCCUUUUUUUUUUUUUUUAAAUAUAAUUUUUCUUAAUUUUUAUAGUCUCCCCCUCGCUCGCUCUCUCUUUUCAGUAAUCACAUGUUAAAUAUUUGUCCCUUUUUUUUUUUUCCUUUUCUUUUUCUUUUUUCCUGAGUAAUUCUAUCUCACAUUACUUUUUUAGAAUUUUUAUGUUAUUUCUUUGGGGUCCUUUAGGAGAAUGAAUAAUUGACCUGUGAUAUCUUUCACUCACAAUCUGUGACCAUAUUGUUCAUACAACUGGUUUGAACUUUUUAGGCAAAAAACUUUCAUCAAUCUGUAAUUGCUUUGUGUAUAUUAUUUUAUAGAGGUUGUUUUACUUGUAAUAUGGUGCACAGGUUUUGCUUUAAUUAAAUGGGUUACAAUUAUUAUCA